GCUGGACUCUGGAGCGGCUGAGCAUACCUCAGGCUUCGACAAAACCCACCUCAUAAAUGGCGCCCGAGCAGGGACCCAGCUCUGCAGGCGCAUGUGCAAAAACCUCAACAAGCACCAACACUGCGGAAGCGGGCUCAUCGAACACACCACAACCAGUAAAUGACACACGGAUGAGCGAAAAUGAUACCACCACACUAAACAUUGACACUCUUGGCUGGAUAUAUCUCUUGAAGAAAGAGAGAUUGGUGGAAAAAUGCAAGAGGCAUCAUAUAUCCGUUGAAGGGAGCACCGUCGCUGAUCUGCGCAGCACUCUCAGCAACUUCGUCAGGACGAAGAGAAACCUCAAAUCGACCGAAAGCCUUCUCAAAGAACUGGAGAUGGCCACCGAAGAAGCUGGCAUGGCGAAAUCGCCACACGAACAAACUCCUGCAGUUAAACUUGGCGAAUCCCUCUUACACACCGGGGGAGCAAGACUAAUCGCCCAGAAACGAGACCAUAUGAGCAAUGCCGAGGUAAUGAGCACUGUCCGCCAUUGGGACGUACACUACUCCGGCGGCGACACUCUGCCCGACUUCUUGGAGAGGAUUGAGGAGCUGGAAUGCUACCAAAUCACGCCAGACCAACUCCUCCCAACCCUAUCCGAAAUACUCCGCGGCAAAGCACUCCAAUGGUUCCGCGUCAGAAGGCCACACAUAACCACCUGGGCUGUAUUCUGCACCGAAGUUGAACGAUUCUUUCUUCCCCGUCGACACGUAAGUCAGUUGGAAGACGCCAUUCGCCAGCGGAAACAGCUAAACCGAGGAAAGGCCAAGGACUACAUCCUCACCCUCCAAACGCUAAUCCGACAGCACCCAACUAUGUGCAACGAAGACCACUUGGAGCGCAUCUACGAAGGCUUGCGAGUGGAGUACCGACUAUUCAUAAAGCGGAGCGAGUUCCAGACUAUCGAAGAAUUGAUCGAACUCACAGACGAAUAUGAGCUGCUCAAAAGCGAGGAGGCCAGGCAAACCAGGCAAGCAGCACACUGCCUAUCCACUCCAGACGAACGAUACGAUGGGAAGAACACCUGCUGGAGAUGCAAAAAGCGCGGACACCACCGAUUUCAGUGUAGAUGCGGACGAGAUGGUACCCUCUCCAGGAAUUGCCUGUGUCGCAAGGAGAAAACAGCCACCCUUAAGUCACCCGCCGAUAAAACAACCACGUCUCGACCAGGCUGGCAAGGCCGCGAUGGCCGCUUCUAUGUGAACGUCCUAGUCGAAGGCAUGGAUGUCCGAGCCCUAAUCGCCACUGGGGCCACGUUAACAUACAUCAAUGAAUACCUAUGCAAGCAUCUGGAGCAGCGAAAUAUUCAGCCACAACUCGACAAACAAAACGUGCAACUAGCAGUCCAACGGGCGUCGCAAGUACGCGUUCCUAUCCCGUCAAAAUUGAAUAUAACGGCCGAGCAACAAGCAGACUGGUUGUCGUGAUCCCCAAUCUGGCCGAAAGAAUGAUACUGGGAAUGGACUUUUUGGCGCAACGAGGCAUUGUCGUGACAUUUGAUAACCAGCCCCUAGCUCCCGCCCCACUGCCGAGAGCCGGUGCUGUUCUGUGCAGCUUAACGGAAAGGACGCACCUGA